UAUCCUCAGAGAGGACCUAGAGGGCCCUGACGGCUCGCCACUUGGAUAGGGGUAAAGCUUCCCUAUAAUCUUCCAUCUUAGCCUAUUAUCCACCAACAACAUUUUGGUUGCGUUUGGGAGUCUGAGCUAAAACUCAAAAAACCCAUCAUCUGAGGGUCGCAAGAAGUUUCUUAUCGCCAACCACCGGUCAAUCUCAAUGGCCUUCAAAAUGUCUUGCAUUUAUGUAGUUUUUGAUUAAAAAUGCCCCUGAAAAAACAAGGCCCCGAAAGGUAUCAAGACCUAAGACAUUGUGCAGAAGCAAUUUGGCUUCAUUGGCCCUUACACCAGAACUCUGACGGCUCACUUUCAAUACUUCACGUAAAAGUGGCAAUCUUUCAGAAAAAGUUAAAUGAAAGAUGCAUGGAAGUGAUGAAAACUGAGAUAAAGAUGACUUCCGUAGAGCUGAGGGACUUCAACCUCGAGAGGAAGCAGUAGUAGGGCAAGGCAGAGGAGCAGAGAUAUAUCAGCUGUAUGACAGAGAGCUUUACCAGAACACAGCAGCUUCUCAACACCUCUCUCUGCACAUGGAGACUUCCCAAAGAGAUGAACUCUGCUUUCCACAACUCUUCAACAAAUCCUGCAGGAAACCAACGCCAGCUCAGUCAGAUGUCCUGAUCGCUUACAUCCUGCUGUCCUUCAUCGCUCUGCUCACUGCAGCUCUCAACCUGCUGGUCAUCAUCUCUAUCUCCCACUUCAGGCAGCUCCACACCCCCACUAACCUCCUCAUCCUCUCCCUGGCUGUCUCAGACUUCAUCGUGGGCCUCCUUUUGAUGCCUGUUAAAAUCCUUCUCACAGAGGCUUGCUGGUACUUUGGUAACCUGAUGUGUGCUCUGUAUUAUAUUUUAGUUUUUAUCGUCACCUCUUCCACCGUUGGAAACAUGGUGCUCAUAUCCAUCGACCGUUACUUUGCUAUCUGUGACCCUCUGCAUUACAGCAUCAGAGUGACUCUGGGCAAAACACAAAUCUGCAUCUGUCUGUGUUGGAUUUGCUCUGUUCUCUAUAAUUGUCUCAUUUUAAAGGACUUUCUGAGACAACCUGAUUCACAUAAUUCUUGCCAUGGAGAGUGUGUAGCUGUCAAUGACAGUAUCACAGCCUCUGUUGACUUUGUCUUUACCUUUGUUGCCCCCAUUACUGUAAUCAUAGUCCUGUAUAUCAGAGUGUUUGUGGUGGCUGUGUCUCAGGCUCGAGCCAUGCGAUCUAAUAUUGCAGCUACGCAGCAACGUGCAGGUGGUGGAACGGCUAAGAAAUCUGAGAUGAAAGCAGCCAGGACUCUUGGUGUUGUUGUCCUUGUGUUUCUAAUAUGCUUCUUCCCGUAUUACACUCCAUCCCUUAUAGGUGAGGACAUUGAAAAUAGUAUUUCAUCCUCACCCAUUGUAGUCUGGCUGCUGUAUUUUAACUCUUGUCUGAACCCAGUGAUCUAUGCCUUCUUAUACCCCUGGUUUAGAAAAUCUAUCAAGCUCAUUGUUACCCUUAAGAUACUUCAGUCUCACUCUUGUGAUACUAAAAUACUGUAAAGACCGACUGUGGUUGAGAUAUGUUCUACAAAACCUCUGUUAAAAUGGACUUAUUAAUGCUAUUUUUGC